CGGCUAGCUUUACCGCGGUGAUCUCGUCAUAGCACGUGUCCGAGCACAGGAGGACAGACUGCAGCUGCGGUGUACGAUUCAGCAGCCGUAUUAAAAUGGCUCCUCCAAAUACUCCAAGCUACUGCCCUAUUUGCCAGUACAAAUACUUGUACUUGGGCAAACACCUGGAAAACAAACAUUUAAUAAAGAACAAAGCAGAAAGGAGGAUCCUUAUAAAUUAUGGAAGGGGGCGGGUUAACAUACGGGGCAUGUCCUGCCCCAUAGAAGAAUGCAAGUACUCCAGUUCAAGGGUGGAUUCCCAUCUCAAGCAGGGACACCCUGAACUAGAUGCUGCAAAAAUCCAGGACAUCAUCAAGGACAUUAAGAUCUGCUGUGUUGUUGACCAACUGAAGGCACUGAGGGCUAACAACCCUCAACCUCCUAUGAUGUCCUCCCUGGACUUGGACUCAGAGGACCAUGAAGAAAUGCUUGUAGAUGUUGCCACGACUGAUUCUCCUUGCACCUCCUCCUCCUGCAAAUUAGUUUUAGAAAACAAGAGACUCAAAGCAGAGCUCAAGUCCUUGAGGAGGAAGUAUAAGAGUCAAGUUCGAUGGGCAAAAAAAGCAAGGAAGAAGAUAAUGACAUUGGAGCAGGCCUCCUCCUCGGCCCCCCCUGAGCAAGAGCUCUUCCAAGAGGAACACAGCGAACCUGAAUUACACAGAGUUGGUUUGGAGCUGCAGAGACAAAGUUCUGACCUCCAACAGCCAAGUGUCUCCAAUGAGGAGGAAGCUCCUGUUAUCCAACAAGUCUGGAGCCUGGCAAGUAGGUCCAGUCAGGACCAGAAAGAAGCAGAACAUCAGUGGACUGAAGAGGAACAGAUGGAACCAGAACCUAAUUGGAUUAAAAAAGAAGAGGAGGAACCAGAACCUACACUGCUCAAACAUGAGGAAAUAGAAUAUCCACUAACAUAUGUAAGAAAAGAGGAGCUAGAUUCUUCAGUGCUUCAACAUGAACAGCAGCCACCAGAACAUUUACCAACUGGACAGGACCAGAAGGACCUCUGCAGCAGUCAGGAGGGAGAGCAGCUUGUCCAGAAGCAGUUUGUUGCUUUGAUUGAGACUUCUACUCUUCAGGGAGAUGAUAUGAAUGAAGAAGAGACAAGAACAGAGCAGCUUUCCCUUCAUAUCUCUGCAGUGAAUGAGAGCAAAGAUCAGGAAGGAAGCAGCUGCUCUGUGUCAGAGAGUCAGUCUGAUACUGGCACAAAGAAAAGAUCUUUCAAAUGUGACAUUUGUGGGAAAUGUUGUACACAACGGUGGAAGUUGAAAAACCAUUACAGAACCCACACUGACCUCCAACAGCCAAGUGUCUCAAAUGAGGAGGAAGAUUCUGCCAUCCAACAAGUCUGGAGCCUGGCAAGUAGGUCCAGUCAGGACCAGAAAGAAGCAGAACAUCAGUGGACUGAAGAGGAACAGAUGGAACCAGAACCUAAAUGGAUUAAAAAAGAAGAGGAGGAACCAGAACCUACACUGUUCAAACAUGAGGAAAUAGAAUAUCCACUAAUGUAUGUAAGAAAAGAGGAGCUAGAUUCUUCAGUGCUUCAACAUGAACAGCAGCCACCAGAACAUUUACCAACUGGACAGGACCAGAAGGACCUCUGCAGCAGUCAGGAGGGAGAGCAGCUUGUCCAGAAGCAGUUUGUUGCUUUGAUUGAGACUUCUACUCUUCAGGAAGAUGAUAUGAGUGAAGAAGAGACAAGAACAGAGCAGCUUUCCCUUCAUAUCUCUCCAGUGGUUGAGAGCAAAGAUCAGGAAGGAAGCAGCUGCUCUGAGUCAGAGAGUCAGUCUGAUACUGGAACAAAGAAAAGACCUUUCAAAUGUGACAUUUGUGGGAGAUGUUACCCACAAAAGAGAAAGUUGAAAAAACAUUACAGAAUUCAUACAGGUCACAUACACGGACCACAGUUUUGCUUUGUUGCUGGACCACAUAAAAGACAAAUGUCGUCGUUAGAUAACACAAUAAAGGACAUAAUGAUCAAGGCUUUGCCCAAUCUUUGUGAGGACACUCAAAAAAAACUAGCUUCUACACUUGUAAUUUCUGGGGUUCAGUCUGCAGAAGAUCUGAAAUAUAUUCAACCUGAGGACAUCAAGAAUCUGCUGCCUGUUGUUCAACAACGCAAAUUGUUGGAGUCAUUCAAGCAAGAAACAAACACAGUCAUACUUGACAUGGAGUUUUCCAGUCUCUCACCUGCAUUGCCUUUUUCCAGUCCUCCAAGUAGCUCCACAUCCUCGCUUUCCAGCAUACCACCAAUAUCAGAACAACCUUCAGCACUGAAAACACCUCUUAUGUUAUGCCAGAAUGAACAACAAAAUGUAUCCUGGUCUUGGCCAGAAGACUUUCAAGUUUCAUGGAACAAGAUGCCACUGGAGAUUCAGACGGCAAUUGCAAAAGGCAAAAGACCCCCUCCUGACAAGAGACGGCAAAUGAUAAGAAUUCUUGCAGAUGAAAUGCAGAAGUAUGAGGCUAACCCCACACGUUCACAAUGCCUUACAGUUUGCCAGAAGAUAACCCGCCAAUACCCAGAUAGUUUUGCUGAUAUGACACCAAGUGGAAAGCUAAUUGCUGGAGGGUAUAGUUCUCUGCUCUCUCAACUUAAAACAAGAAUUGAGAAUAUAAACCGUUGUGGGACCUUUCGAAGUUACAGAUCAUCUGGACCCUGUGACAUAGCUGGAGUCAAACGGGGACCAACAGACAUGUAUGGGUGUACCAGGUUCCAGCCAGAACUCCCCCCAGAGGAAACUGAUGACACAGUGGAGGAGAAACGUCAAAGACUACAGAGUACCUUCAACAAGUAUGGCAUCAAUGGACAUGAUAGGCCAGAAGUGACAGACCUGAUGGAGACUACAUACAGCCUUCAGCGUCAACAUAUAAAUAGGAUACCUGCUCCCUCCAUUACUGAUUUACGAAUCAACUGGCCUUUCCUAUUUACACAGAGGGGAAUCUUUUCUCACUUUGAGUUGUUGACUGAUGUUCCCCUUCUCCAUGUCCUGGAACUGUCAAUUGAGGAGUGUGGUAAUGCUGUUGUAGAGUAUUUCCGCACUAAAGUAAAGGCUUCCAGUGUCCAGACAAUUUUGGCUCAAAAGGCAACUGGUGACUUAACAUUCCUUGUCAUCCAGCUUUUGAUGGCCCAUUUCAACGAGUCACCUGACAGCCUAAUGCUGACUACUGAUGAGUACGCAACAGCAGCUGAUGUUAAUACAAGCCUAAGUUUGCCAGCCAGUCCUCGUCUAAUAUUGUGUGGUAACGAGCAAGCAUUGGCUGGAUGGAUGGUCAGCAUUGAAGGCCAUGUUGUCUUUGAGGGGGUCCAGCCAACAUUUCUGACAGGACUUGCAGCGGUGUUUGCCACCUUCUACAUCUUCAACCUCCAAUAUCAAGAUGAGGCAGCCAAGACGUUGGAGUUCAUUCAACGUCGCUUCAUUGGGAUUAACCCAGAAAGGGGGACAAAGACUGGCAAUGGGAGGAUGGUAUCCAAAAAGACAGGAAAGAUCAUCCAAAAGAAAAAGCAGACAGUGAAUAUGCAGGUUUCCACCCUCAUCAAAAACCUGAUGGACUUUGAGAGCCAUUUAAUACAGUAAGUGCCACUUGAACUCUUGAAAAGCAUUAAUAAUUAACAGUUUAAAACCCUGUCUAGAACAGUAAAAGGUGAUUCUAGAAUCCUUGUUCAGACAUUAUUUCAACCACGUUGAAUUUUUGAUUUUGGAAGUCUUUUUUUCUUUGAUUUGUUUAGUGAUACCCAAAGCAUGGAUGUUUCUUUAAGAACUGUGUUUUUAUGUUCAUAAGAUUGUAUAAUCAGUUAAACCCAGUUUAUGAGUUUCUGAGGAAUGGUUAUGUGUUUUGUUUUGAAUAUGUUUGAAUAUACUGCAGAUCUGGUUUGAGGCUAAGUGAUGCCUUUCAAUAAACAUUUUGUUCUGAAGGUUACUUAUUGCAUCCUCUUUUGUGUUAUGUGACAUUAUGGUUAUGCAUUUUAGAACCGCACCAAUUUUAGCACUUAUAACAAGAAGCCUACAUUGGGUAAAGUAUUAUUACUAUUCUAUCGUAAAACUAAGACUGUACAUUAAAAUGUUGCAUUAAAUUUUUUGCAGUAGCUUACUCAUAAAGUGAAUGCAGUAGUACAACUAAAAUUUACAGUAAAAUACUGGCAGC